AUGAUCGCGAGUGCCGAGGGAAGCCUCGAGGCCGCUGCGUACGGCCCACCGGAGACGCUCGUCAGACGUCGAAAGUUUGGCCACGAGAUCCAGUGCCUUAUGCACGCCUUUGGGGAAGUCCGGUACUGUGCCCGCGACGUGCUGGAACUCAUGGAAGAUAUGGUUCGGGACGGUGUGCGGCUCUUUGCACUGGAGGUGGCGGCCCGAGAGCCCGACGGCCGCAUCACAGCAGCAGCUGUGGCAAGACGCUUCUGUCACGACCAGCGAGCGCUACGUAGGCUAUGUAAGCUCGUCGAAAUCAUGGCCAAACAACAGGCAAAGGGACCGGUCCGCGAGGCCGCGGCGGAACUGGAGGCGUUCUUGCAGGAAACCGAAAUGACGCUUCCGUCUUUUGCGGACCACGACGCUGACUCGCACUCCGGAGGCGGGGCACACUGCUCCUGGCUUGUCCGCAUGGUAGAGCAAACGGCAAGUGCCAAACUCGUCGGAUAUGCGAGCGCCGUAAUUGGAUCCCAAAACGCUCAGAAGACUGGCCCAGGCAAUGCCACGUCGGGAAGGAAACCAGCAGCGGAAGCUCAGCGAAUACCAGAGGUCGCAUCACGAACGCCAGCCUCUGCGACUUUAGCAGUGGAAGCGCAAGCUUUGGGCCAGCACGUGGAAGAACCGAAAACACCGGUACUGGGGACAAAUCGAGUGGUAACGCCCGCACCAGACGUUUCCGUUGGGGAAAACGCUGGCAACUACGUACACGAAACACGUUCGAACGACACCGGUGGUCAUGAGCAGCGACUGCAGCGAGCCAGCGCCCGGCAAAGUCCGACAAAGACGAGUGCAGCACCUGGUGAGGCUAGACCGCUUGAGGAGAAGCGCCUCUCCCAAGGCCCCAGAGACGAUUUGCAACUGGAUACGAGCGUUGCGGAUGAAUCGUCGGGUGUUGACGGUCCGUCGGAAGCGCUCCCUGACGCUGAUCACGCCAAUCAUCGCGAGCCUGGUGGAUAUCCAGGCUCUACGCAGGCUCACGAGUACGCAACUACUCCAGAUGCGGAACCGGCGCUCGUAACUAUGCAUCGUAGCGUUCCGCAGAUACGAGCGAAAGCAGCGGAUACCAUGAAGCUGGAAGCAGCAUCCGAGCCGCAUGCGCAACGGACCUCAACACAGAAACCGAGCCCGGACACCGGUGAACGUGAAGCCAAUGCAGCAGCAGGAGCAGCAGCAGGAGCGAAACGCAAACGCCUCCGACUCGAUAACGAGACCUGGAUCGAGGUCCAGUCCGAGACGCGUACGGAGUCGAGUUCGGGCAAGCCUUCCUCUGAAAACCCAGUAUUCAUGAUCAUUUUUCGAGCUGAUUUUAUUCUCAAACAGUGCCUGCCUCGACAUCAAUACGCAGACUUUGUGGCGUGUCGAAACGUGCGGUAUACGUACGGGGAGUCGCGUGCACAUCAGGGCGUUACACGAGCCGUCCUCUUCCGCGACUGGUUACAUUUGACUCCAGAGGAGGGCGUCAUUGUCACCGAGGAUGGUUUGCACGCCUUGGGUCACGUCGCGUGGGAGCUUACCGGCCUACUGACGCAAGCCGCACUCCUCUUUCGGCACUAUGAUGAAAUUGCACACGAACGUGGUGACGCUAGAGCUGUCUGUUGGCGUCCAGCGCGUCAUAUUUUGGCAGCACUCGGCAACGGUAUCGCCACUGCUAUUGUGCUGCCCCUGGAGACACGAGAAUACGAGGCGCUGCGUCGUGAGUUGGAGCUCUUCGAGCUUACCGUGGCUCCGGGACGUGUAUUUUGGCGAGGUUUCGCGAAGCACAGCACCCGAUGUUUGGAGCCCUGGCACCUGCGCGAAACCUGGCGACGACUUCGACACGGGCGACGUGUUACCGGCCUCUGUGCAGCAGCGACAGAGCAACGCUUCAGCUUUGCUGGUUUAUUGGGUGCGCAUCCACUGCGGGUUUGUUUCGACCCAAACAAGCGUUUGAUUCGGGAAUAG